UUCUGCUGGAGGGGUGUCUUUCCAGGCCUGGGGGGCAGCUUCUGAGACAGGAAGCUGGCUGGAUGGGAAGGGAGACCCCCCCCCCUUGGUCCUCAGCUGCAUAGGGUCCACAUCUGCAUCUGUUCUAGUCAUGCCCUGUUGGUGCUGGGACAGAGGUGGGAGGGUUAUAGCUGGGGCUAGAGGAACAGGCUCCUAGUUGGAAUUCCUGAGUGUGGGUAGCUCCUACCCCCUGCACUGGAGUGGGAAGAUGUUUGCCCUGAGUGGUGGGGUGGAAGGAGACAUGGCAAGGCUUCCCCCAGCUCUCAUCCUCUGUGUCCUCCAGGUUGGAGACAAGCUGCCCAGUGUGGAGGUGUACGAGGGAGACCCUGAUACCAAAGUGGAUGUGGCAGCACUUUUCAAGGGCAAGAAGGGGAUUCUCUUUGGGGUGCCUGGUGCCUUCACCCCUGGCUGCUCCAAGACCCACCUGCCGGGCUAUGUGGAACAGGCCGGAGCACUAAAGGCCAAGGGCAUGGACUUGAUUGCCUGCCUGGCUGUGAAUGAUGUCUUUGUCAUGAGUGAGUGGGGCAAGGCCCACGGGGCUCAGGGCAAGGUGCGGAUGCUUGCUGACCCCACAGGAGCCUUUGGAAAGGCUACAGAGCUGCUGCUGGACAAGGAGACUCUGCGUGAUCUCUUUGGGACCAACCGCUGCAAAAGGUUUUCCAUGGUGCUAGAGGAUGGUGUGGUGAAGGCUCUCAACGUGGAGGAGGAUGGAACAGGGCUGACAUGCAGCCUGGCCAAUCACAUCCUCUCUCAGCUCUGAGCACCAGGACACCAGGGGCUCUCCUGCUGCUGUUGCUGCUUUUCCCCCUCCCCACUGUGCCCUAGCACCAGGUGUGGGGCAGCGCAGCACCCUUUAUCCUCCUAGUGUGAUAGUCUGCCCCCUGAGGGGGCAUUGCUGCUGCUCCUGCUAUCAUGGGCUUGGUAUCUAGGGCACUCGUACCUUGAUGGUGGGGUACAGCCUCACCCUGCUGUGUAUCAACCUGAAAUAAACGGUUUUUGUGUG